AUGCAUUCUAUCCGAUUCGCCAACAGUUUAUAUACCAGUGAAUGUUUCAGUAGCAUCACAGUGGCGCAAGCUCGUUUUCUUGCUGCUUCUAUUCGUAGAAUGGUAUCAUCUACUGAACUAUCACCUAUUGAAAAGGCAAAACGGCAGGCUGCGUACACUUGUGCCGAGAAGAAUAUUGCAAGCGGCUGCCGACUCGGUGUGGGUUCUGGAUCAACCGUUAAAUAUCUCGUGGAGUACCUGGAAACAGCGGUGAAAUCCGGGAAACUGCAGAACAUUGUGUGCGUUCCUACUAGUUUCUUGACGAAAAAGUGGUUGUUGGAUGCUGGUCUCACGGUCUCCGAUUUAGAUGCUACGCCCGAACUCGAUGUUUGUAUUGACGGCGCUGAUGAGGUAGAUGCCCAUUUCACUUGUAUCAAAGGUGGUGGAGGCUGCCUGGCUCGAGAGAAAAUUGUUCAACAUGCUGCAAAGAAGUUUUUCGUGAUUGCUGACAGCUCUAAGGAAUCGGUGAACCUUGGUGAACAUUAUAACCACGUACCAAUCGAGGUCCUGCCAUUCGCAGCUUCCUGUCUAUUGCGCUCUCUCCCUCGUACUGAAGGCGGAACCGCCCAAUUGAGAAUGGCGACCAAGAAAUGUGGGCCUGUUAUAACAGAUAACAACAACUAUGUCGUUGAUUGGGCUUUUGAAAAGAACAAGCCUCGUGACUGGAAGGAAAUCCAGCUUAGACUUGCUAACACACCAGGUAUUGUGGAGACUGGUCUUUUCAUAGGAGUGGUUGACAAAGUGUACUUCGCCUAUCCUGACGGUAGCGUGAAAGAACUUGAAGCAAAGAAGAAACCGUAA